ACCGCGGUCGAUGCCAGAAGAAUUCGUAUUUUGUCAUCCUUGUUAUCGAUGCACCGGGAGCAGUUCUGUCAAACAAUAAGUGCGGAAUUGUUGUCGAAUUGUCGCGGCAGUGAAUCGAUCCCACCGCGUCGUUCGACAUGGGAGACGGCAAGGAGGGCGAGCGGCAACCGCUGUUGAAGAACGAGAACGUCACGUAUAGCUCACAUGGUAGCGAUGCGAUCGACGAGACACAAUCCAACGUCAACACUGUGUCGCCGAUUGGGCCGGAUGAAUUACCGCCGCCGUAUCAGUCCGCGACGCAGGGUGGCAUGCCGAUGGUCACUUGCAGAGUCUGUCAAGCGAUGAUAGAUAUUUCCGGCAAGAGGGAUCAGCACGUCGUCAAGUGUUGUCAAUGUAACGAGGCCACGCCCAUACGGAAUGCUCCACCUGGAAAAAAAUAUGUACGAUGUCCAUGUAAUUGUCUGCUAAUAUGCAAAAGUUCUUCACAACGUAUUGCCUGUCCAAGGCCGAAUUGUAAACGUAUUAUUAAUCUGGCUCCAAGCCCUAUUACACCACCAGUUUUGUCCAUGCCAGGCAUGUGCAGGGUAGGCUGUGCUCAUUGCCAUGAUACAUUCUUGUUUAACACAUUAAAUAAUGCUUUGGCACGAUGUCCACAUUGUCGUAAAAUAUCUUCAGUUGGUCCAGAUUUUGCUAGAGGACGAGGGAUUGUAUUCAUUAUUGUUGGAAUUAUAGCUUUAGUAAUUGCUAUAGCUAUAACGGUUGGGACCUACAAAUAUGUAAAGGCAAGUGGUGGAAUUUAUGUCGCUUAUGUUGGUGCAUUUUUAUUGGCAAUCUUGUGCUUGGGACGCAGCAUUUAUUAUUGUACAAUGAAGAUCAGUUUGAUAGAAGGUCCCAUGUAGUCUAAAAAGCAAUGAACAAUCCCCUUGAGAGAUGAAUGUCAUGUAAUCUGUUUAGAUCAAAUGUUUAUAGUAAUGUGACAUCUCAAGUUCGUUUUAAGACAAGAAUGAUAGAUAUAUAUAUAUAUAUAUAUACAUAUACAUAUACAUAUACAUGGCCAUAUGUGCGUAUGCAGACCUGUAUUGUUUAUGAUAAUAAUGCAUGUAUACAUACAUUCUCUUAUAUAAUAUGCAUGCACAUAUGAACGUGUUUCGUGAUCAGAAAGAAAGCAUUUUGACAUUUGCAAUGCUUUCUUCAGGUAAAAUAAGAUUAUAGGAAAUUUCUCUCGGAGAAGUCUUGUUUUAUGAAGAAUUGAUUCUCUGCACCUUUAUAUGCGCGUAGGAUCAAUUAUGGGCUCCAAUUUUUAAUUUCAAUAUACUGACUAGAAUACACUCUAUAAAUAUAUACAAGCUUUCUACAAUACAUUAUGUAUAUCGAGUGCACUUAAAUAAAAUCAAAGUGCUUAUAAUUGUUCCAAACAUAAGAAUAUAGUAAAUUUUUAAAUUCGUACAUAAGUCUAUGCAAAUUGUGUUUUUAAAUUUCUUUGUUCUAUAUGAAUAUCUGUAUCGAAAAUAUUAAAAAAAAAAUCGUAUCAAUUAUUUCAAAUAAAUUUCUGGAUUUAUAUAACACAUGACACAUGUAUGAGAAAUUGUAUGAGACACAAAUGUAUGGGUGUAUAUAUUAGUUAUAUCACUAUUAAAUAUCGCAAUUAGUUAAUAUAAACUUUCAAAUACAAUUAUUACACAGAAAAUGCUGCAAUUUUUAGUCGUCAAAGAUACAUGCAAACGCGAUUUUGUCCCAGGUAUGAAAAUAAAAAUAAAAAUAUAUUUCUUGUAGUA